UGAAGUGACCCGCUUUUUAUGUACAAUAAUAUUUAGAUAUUUAUGAAUGGAUGCUACAUAUUUCAUGUGUAAUACUACAGUUCCGGUCUUAAAAUGCAAUGUGACAGCGACACAAUACCAAUAAUGACGUCACAAAAUAUAAAUAACAUACGGAAACAAUUUGCUCCUUAAUUUCAAGAUGUAUAAAAAGGGCAAAAUUUGAACGGACAAUUUCAAAUAAGAAAAUUACUUCAAUUUCAAGUGUUGUUUGUUCGUAUAAACAAUCUAACGGAAAGAUAAAUAAACUUUGAGUCGUGCACUGACUGUUAACCUGUUGUCUGACUUUCUUUGGACGUGCUACAGAUAUUGUAUAGAUUUGAUAUUUUUCGAGUUAUAUGAUGAAUACUAAUAGUUAUUGUAUAUUUGUGACGAUAUGUUUUGCCAAUUGCAUUACAGCGUUACCUAUUGGCACUGAGGUACAUGUACACGGACAUACGUUUCCUAAGAUAGAAAGAAUAAUUGUCCAUGUACAAAAACGUAUGGCAGAUAUUUGGGAUUUUUGGCAGCUAAACAGAAAUAUAUGCCCGCCUUCACUGUGUAUGUUUUCUGAUGAUUCUGGAGUACCUAGAAGACCAAGGGGUACCGGAGGUUCCGUUUUUUAUAAUGGCGAUAUUGUCUUAGACAGUUCCAAUGAGAAGUAUAUUUUUGGAGAUAACGAAGUUUCCUAUCGUAAAAAAAGAUCUGCCGUUCGAACUCAGAACAAAUUAUGGCCUUAUGGUAUACUUAAAUACAAAUGGGCGUCGAAUAUAGAUAAAAAGAGCAAACGAGUGAUAAGAAAAGCUAUGCAGCAUAUUGCAAACAACACUUGUAUUCGAUUUCAAAAAGCCAAAAAUAAGGAUGAAAAUUACGUCAGAUUUAUUAGUGAGCCGGGGUGUUGGUCUAAUAUAGGACAUGUUGGCAAUGGAGAACAGAAACUAAGUAUUGGAAGAGGAUGUAAUGAAGUAGUGGGUGUGGCUGUACACGAGUUAUUGCACGCGCUCGGAUUCUGGCAUGAACAGUCUAGGCCAGAUAGAGAUGACUAUGUAGAAGUACUGAUGGAGAAUGUAGCAGCGAGGUACAAAAAGGAUUUUGAAAAGCUUAAUAAAACAUUAGUAAAUUCAAGAGGCUACCCCUAUGACUACCUCAGUAUAAUGCAUUACAAAGAAUUCACUUUUACAAAUACUGGAGACGAAACUAUAAAGGUUAAAGGUAUCGGAAAGAAAUUACGGAUGCCAAUAGGACAGAGAACUGCUAUGAGUAAUAUAGACAUAGCACAACUUAAUGAUAUGUAUCACUGUAAUAAGAAGCAAGACGCAAACGAAACUGUGUGCCUACCAGGAUGGACAAAAUUUCAAAGAAGCUGUUACAACUUUAUAAAAAGACCCAAAUACCAGUUUGCAGCCGCGGUAAAAUACUGCCGAGAGUUCAACAGUUACCUAGCACAAAUUGACAAUAAAUACGAAGACAAAUUCUUGCAAAAAUAUGUGGUAAAAAAAUAUCCCAAUACACUAAGAUGGAGACUAGGAGGAAGGAAAAUAAAUGAUACUUUUUACUGGAUAAAUGAGCAUAAUGAACCAAUAGAAAUACACUAUUCAAAUUGGGCGGAAGGACAUCCGGCAAAGUACACAUCAAUGGUUCUACGCAAACAUAACAAGACGGCCGAAGCUAUUAGUUGGCAAGGCGCAUGGACGGGAUCUUUCAACAAUUUUCCGAAAAAUGCAUAUGCGUUUAUAUGUGAACGUCCGGCUAAACGCAAAUGUAUACCUGGUAAUCACUCAGAUGGUCGUGAGUACCGAGACACAUUAGCUCACACAUUUAGUGGCAUAACAUGCCAGAAAUGGAAUUUGCAGUAUCCACAUCAGCAUAAAGUUAUACCAAAAGGUUCAUUACAAACAGACCCUGAUGGACUAGGGGAACAUAACUACUGCAGGAAUCCGUCCAAGCUAAGGAGAAAUAGACCAUGGUGCUAUACAACUAAAUCUAAAAUAGAAUGGGAAUAUUGUGAUAUACAUAUAUGUAGUAAACCUGUUAAGAGAACAGACAAUAAAAUUCCAGAAAAAUUGAUUAGUAGAGAUUAACAAAAACGGACAAAGAGGAACACAGUUGAAAAAAUCGAUGACUGUUGUUUAACUUGAAUGCGUGGUAGUUUUUCUCAAAGGACGACAGUGGAAGUAUAAUAACACUUUAAGUGGACUGUUUGUCUAUUAUAUGGCAAUAAAACGCAUAGCAUCUAGGCUGUAGACAGAAUAUAGAUGGACAGAAUGUCAACAUUGGGGCCAACGACCAUGAUGUAUACGCAUAGUUGUAUAGGAUGGUAUUCCGUUCAUAUUUAAUUAACAGUAUUACGACUUAAACUAGUAGUAUGACAAUCAGGUGACUGAAACAUAGUUGUGAAGACUUUUCUUAUAUCUUGUUGAACAUUUUUGCAUAGAAGAAAUGUGGACCAACUUUGGAUGUUUUUAUUUUAUACAUUUUUUAUUUGUGUGAAAGAGAUGUGAAUUUGUUUUUUUAAUAUACAGAUCUAUGUACAAUGUGCAAUAAUAGUAGUAACUGAUUUAUCAUAGUAUGUUUCUUGUUUUUUAGCAUUUUGAUAAUUAUUUUUUUUCGAAAUGAAUAUAAUAUAAAUUAUCAUUGUCGUGUUAAGUUAGAACACUCUCAGUAGAAAAACAGGGG